GUUGUUUGUUAACCUUUCACAGAUUUCCUUUAAUCUGUGAGGUUGGGAAUGCGUGCACUGGAGAUGCUCUGAUGAGAGUGAGUGAGAGUGUGUGGCCAACAAGCCUCCAUAAGGGCUAGUUUCAUCAGAAAACUAUACUGGUUAAAAAAAGAAAGAUGUCCGUCCUCUGCUCAGGCUGCAGCAUCGUCACAGAUUGGGAGUCAGGACAAACUACCCUCUCAUGUCCCAGGACGUAACGUACCGACUUAUCUCGGCACUGCAGCGAACUAAUUAAAUGUGCAAACCAGAGGCGAUGGGCUGGAGAUAACAUUCAGAGGUGCCAGUGCUCAAUGUCCGCUGCCCUGGGACAUCAGGAAUAUCUUAUCAGCGUUGGAGUUUUAAUUUAUUUUCUGAUCAGGAGUGAAUGUGAGUCAAACCACGCAAGACGUGCUCGUAUCUGCUCGUGAUCAAAGGCGAAACGCACAGGAUAUGGCCAUAAAUUCAGCUUUGAAUUGCUACUACACACAUCAAAUCAGGUGGACCCCUGAGAAUUUUUUUUACUGAAAGUGCAUUUGAUUACGUCCACUGCUAAUAAUCACAGUUAAAAUCUGUGACAGUGGCGAGUUGAGAGAUGACGUGGAACGAGAAAAAACGUUACGGAUUUCUUCUCUCUAAAGCUGCUGGCAAAUUUUAAGGAGGAAUUUCUCCAGUGGUAAAGGAUAGUUGGCGUGUGUGAGUGCAGGAAAUUAGAGCAAGCUGUCCCUUUAAGAGGAAAAGCUGACACCCAGUACUUUGUCUAUUUUGAGGAGGAAAAAAAAGAAGUAAUCAUUUAAGUAUGAAUACAUGCACAUUUUUAAGAACCAUCACCAAAAAAGGAAUUUCACCCAAAUUGCUCCAAAAACGUUAACCUGCAAACGUGAAUUACGUCCACUGCAUAGUUUGAUUCAUUUGUAUUUAAUAUGUCGUGGCAGCUUUUAAAAUGGGCUCACAGAUUACAAAUACAACAACCUGCUUCAGUUUUUUUUUUGAAACAACAAAGCAUAAAAAAAAUAUUGUGUUAAGUCUAUUUAUUUCAACAUCUUACAAACAGACAGGUGAAGAUAGUGCCAAGAGAAAGAGAUAUAAAUCACAAACUACACUGUGGAAAAUCACACUAAUAGUACAUUACACAUGCAAAUGUAUUUAAGACCUAGAAAGAAGGAAAUGCAGUGUUUUAAAUAAAUACAGUACCACCAGUCUGCAUGGAAAACAAAUCCUUGAAAAAUCGAGUGUGCCCACACAUAAUCAAAAAACACCAAGCUCCGAGGAUGCCUGAUUUGAUUCAGUGAGCAAUCCGUCAGAAUAAAAGGCUGCAAGUACAAAGAAAGAGAGCUCAUAAAGCUGUGUCUGCUUGGUUAUUCUGACUCCACAGAAAAAGCCAUUCACGGUUCUCAUGUGCCUCACAUACAAUAGGCUACGUCUAGGAGUAGCACAAGCACUAUUAAACAAAAAAAGAAAAAGAAAAAUCUCUUGGAUAACAAAUAAUGCCAAAAAAAGUGCUUGUUUGACUUACAUACUGAAAGUGGCAGCCUAACAUGUAAGUGAAGUAGCCUAGUAUCCACACGCACACAGCCCUUCUUUUCAUCAGUUAAUAAACCAAGAAUUGUCAAAAUAUUUUGCGCCGUGCUGAGAGACAUCUGUCCUGUGGAAGAGAGGCCAAUCCCCUGUGUGGAAUAUUCCAGUUUGUCAGCGUCAAAGCUGAGUGGCGCAACCCACCGAGGAGGAUUUUUUCUCUCUUGAACAAAGGCCUAUAAAUAGCCAUUGUUGGCGAAUUUUAGCGCAAAUCCUUUCACUAAUGUCACAUUUUCAUGGCUAGAACUCACAUUAAAUCAUCAUUUUGUCAGCAGUUGCAUUGUGGGCUGGGGAUCUAGAAAGGCUGAGAGGGAGAGAUAGAGAGAUAGAUAGAGAGAGGGGGAAGGGUGGAACUGGAGCCUCGUGACCUGAAUACGCGCUUAGGAGCAUGAGCGAGGGGUGGAUAACAAGAAAAACAGGCCUCUGGUACACGGAUUGCGAUUUGUGUGCCCUCAUACGCGUUGUACAGUCACUCACACGCUGAAAAAUGCGUGCGUUUGAGGCACCACUUUACCCAGGAGGCGCGUCUGGAGACCUAUUUUUACGCACGCGAAUAAAAACUCCUCUCCUACAUUUUUAACUCCUUCGCCGAAAAGAAAAAAAAAGAAAGACAGGAUGGCACCUUGUUUGUUUGUUCUACGUGGUCUGAAGCGCUUUUAGACUCUCCGCGAUCCGCGAGUCUUUGUCUCGAGCCGUGGAAAAGCAGGGUCGAAGCCCAAAGCACCAAUCCAAGCAGCUAUUUUCACCCAGAUACAAAACAGCGGCGCUUCUCCUGCACAGGCUUCCUGUUGACCUUAUAUGGUAGUGUGGGGGUGCUCACAUGGCAACCGUCCAGAGCUCUCGGAUUACUGCCGUUGCCAGGGCGAGUCAGCCCAGCAACCGACAGCCUGAAUGCGCCGCCUCAUGAAAGUUUCCUUCCUUAACACGCACUGCAUUUCUUUUCCCCCCCUUUUUUUCGGAUUUAUUGUAAAACAUACACCCUGUCGAGUAAAAAAUCAGCAUCGCCGCGGUGUGUGGGUUAUUGACUUCCUGGCGAAUCACCGAGAAACGCGAACGUCCUCGGGGGGUGAAAAGAGGCGCUCUCCGCGAGCCUCACCCAGUUAUGGCGCAGCAACAUUACACAGCACAGUGCUCUCCUUUGUCUGCAAAGAAGCCAUUUUGAGACAGAGGACAGCAGAGAAACCACUGAACAAGUGUAGCCUACAUACCACUAAAAGGUCUCUUUGGAUAAAGGGAAGCAGUGAAAAAACAGACUUCUCCCUAAAAGAUUCCUUUUUGCUCGUUUAAAGACUCGGAUUACAUGUUUUGAAUACUAACUGUAAGUUUGCAAUAUCAAUUAAAAAUGUGGGUUGCAGUUAUACAUAUUUAUCUAUAUAUAGAGAGAGAUUUUUUUUUUUUUUUUUACAAAGGUCUGUGCUGAAAGCGUCGUAUUUUUAAAAAAUGACGAGUAUUAUAUGCCGUCUUAGUAUACUUGUAUAUAGAUAUAUAGACGGACAAAUUAAGUGGAAAUAGCUAAAAAAAAAAUCCAUUACCUUUCAAAACAACACUUCCUUGUAGUUUUAUAUGAAGUAGCUCAGACAGAAAUGUCGAAAUGGAAGAGGUUACAAUCGACUGCAAAUCCUGUCUUGAAGGAGAGAGAUGGUUUGCAUAUUGCCCACACAGAUGAUGCUUGAAGAUGCAUACUCGCUGGCUGAGAGGCAGUGCUACCACUGAUCAAAAAGUUUUCAAAAGAGCUCUAUCUUUCGUGCUAUAAUGGAUUCCUUCCUUUUCAGGAGACGCUCUCCCUCCCCUUAUUAAUGCCAUUAUUUGAGGAUCCGACGAUGGAGCUGAAAGCAGUCGUCCUGCCCCUGCGUUUAGGCCUGUUAACUGCUGAGGUAAAUAUUUUCACCGUGAAAAGGUUUUCCCUGCAUCUGCUUCCUCUUAAGUUGGAAAGUCUGUGUUUUAAGUCGUGAUAGAAACGACGACAACAACAACAAAAAAAUAAUAUAUAUAUAUAUACAUAAAUCUACCUGGCGGGGAUUCUUUUGAUAUUUAAAUACACACUUGAAGCAAGGUCAAGCCGACGUUUACACUUUGGACGCGUUUGGCUCCUAAAUGGACAGCGACGCACAAACCUAAUCGUGCUUGACGUUGUCUCCACACUCGAGGUACAACACAAACCAUCGGGGUAUUAAGCCUUGCUGUUGUGAGAGGAAAGUGUUUCAAGUCAUUAAUCAAAGCAGAGGGGUUGUCAGUCAACAGUCAAAAAUUGCAAGAAGCACAUAAACUAUUUUUUUUCUCCUUUUUUUUCAAAAGGCCAGUAGUUAUCUCUGGCCUGCUUUCUAUCAUCUACAGUGGCAUAAACAUCCUGAACUUAUCAUAUUCAUAUGUCAGCAUGCCGGUGAACAUUUAGAAUAAAGUUGGCUAUUACACAAUGUGAAGAUCAAAGUGAUGAUAGCUCAACAGAUAAACUGACAGGAAAAAAAUAAUACUUUUUUAAUAACAGUUACUUGCAUGCCUCACAUUUCACAUUCAUAAUGAUCAAAAAAUGAUUAUAAAAGAGUUGAACUUACUCAUUGCUACUCAUUUCCUACAAGGCCAUAAGUGCAAUGCCAACAGUCUGCCAUUACACAUUUUGUCACCUUAACUGUGUUUUACUCUCACUUAACAUCUCCAAAACCAGAAAGCUGUUUAUUCACAACACUUUGGUUGCUUUUCACUUAAGAACUAUAAAUGCUGUUAUAUUGGGUGUGCCAUGACCUAGUUAAGACAAAGAUGGAUUCCAAGGCAGAGGAAAAAAGGCUCAAAAUGUCACAGGGUGUUACAUCCAGCACAUUCUCUUCCUUCUUCUCAAUCCUUUAAAAGGAGGAAUCAUAGUUUUAUGAUAGUCCGUGAGAGAUGAGGAAAUCAAGUGUAAGAUCCCUUUUGGAACAAAGGAAACCCAUAUAGGCCAUUGAGUCCUGUUUAAGGAAAAUGGCUGCCGAGAGCGCUCGGCCCCCUCUCUCUGCUCUCUGUUGUUGGAGGACUCCUGAGCCGUGCCUCUAAUAGCAGACGGCUCCUGCGCUGCUGCGCUCUGAUUGGCCCGCAGAGCCGCCGCUGUUAACCAGCCAAUUGCCCGAGUACUGCAAAACAGCAAGGCAAUGUCAAACAAAACCCAGUUUGUUCGACCCUAAAAUGCGGUUCACGAAAACAACAAGAAAAGGAAACACACAUUUCCCAUUAAUUAUUAUUAUUAUCAAUAAAAAAAUAUAUAUUUGGUCGAUAACGUCCAAAACAAAAAAACACGACGCUUCGUCUCUAGUUUGUUUGUUGGUCCGGAGAUGAAACAAAGUAGAGCCGCAUUCCGACAGUUAUACCACCUUUACGCUUCAAAGUUCAAAUGCUAACUAAAAAAAAAAAAUAGUAAAAAAAGAAAAAAAAGAGUUUCGUAUUAAAAAAAAAAAACGAAACCUCCGCUCCACGUUUGCGUAGACUACUAGCUGUAAACAACUGGCCAUGUAGAAUCCGCUCGUUCGUAUCAAAAUAUAUCCCGACGGUUCUGAAUUUGCGAACGGACAACGGGUCCGUCCAUAAAAGCCCGACUCCGUUUUUAUUUGCCUUUAGGGUUCAGUUAAGAAGGAGAUAUUAUUGCCCCCAGUGUGAAGCUUGUGUUUGCCAGUUGGGUAAAUACAUCCGGCAGAUUCCACACAAAAAAAAAUAAUCACAUGCUCUGAGCCGUUUAACCGUCAACGGCCCGUUGAAACUCGCAUAUACGUUACGCAAACGUUAACAUUAGCGUGGAUUAAAAUCGGUGCAUUUUUUAUACGAGUGAAAUGCGCGUUUAAACGGAUGAUUGAAAAAGAAACAACCGUGUAACGAAAGUGCGGCGAGCAUCGGAGGAGGGCAAGCCAGGCGGUGUAUUGUGGGAGAGACAGCAGCUACAGACCAGAGGCACACACACAAUAUGUGUUGGCUCUCGCCGAAAAGGAGGCAGUAUUCUUCAAGCUAAAUCAUGUAAUGUAAGCGGCGAAAGGAAAGCGAUUUCGUCUUUUCAUCAAUUAAAAAAAAACGCUCGAUCGGACGAAUCAUGUCCAAGCCAGGCGAGAGGAACAGAUUGAACGAAGACCAUGGCAGAAAGCAGAGUUCAAGUUUGGCGAACGGCAUGGACAGUCAUCCCGUCUGCGGCUCGGCGGAGAAGCGGAGUCACCACUGGAGAAGUUACAAGUUGAUCAUCGACCCGGCGCUGAAGAAGGGAUCCCACAAACUGUACCGCUACGAUGGGCAGACUUUCAGCAUGCCCAACUCCGGGAUACCACCGGUGGAGAUCGUCCGAGACCCCCGGAUCGGUCGUCUCUGGACUAAGUACAAAGAGACGGAUCUACCGGUGCCUAAGUUUAAGAUCGAUGAGUGCUACAUCGGCCCCGUGCCUCCAAAGGAGGUGACAUUCGCCCGACUGAACGACAACAUCAGGGAAGGAUUUCUUACCGACAUGUGCAAGAAAUUUGGGGAGAUCGAGCAGGUGGAGAUCCUGUACAAUCCGAAGAACAAAAAGCACUUGGGAAUAGCCAAAGUUGUUUUUGAGACCGUGAAAGCCGCCAAGGUGGCCGUGCAGUCGCUCCACAACACGUCUGUUAUGGGAAACAUCAUCCACGUGGAGCUGGACCCGAAAGGUGAGAAUCGUCUUCGGUACUUCGAGCUCCUGAUGAAUGGCAGCUACACCCCGCGGACGCUGCCGGUCGGUGGAGAGGAGGCCAGGGAAGUUUCACCUCGGAGUCUGGCAGAAGCCCUAAUGGCCUGCGAGCCCAUCCGAAGGUUGUCGGAGAGCAACGCGUCGGCCGCGGGAGGGACGUUGCCGUCCAGCAGCUCCACCACUCCCUUGACCCUGGAGACGGGCUAUUCCAGCCUAAGGCAGGACACGCCGCAGUCCCAGGGAACCCCGCACACCCCUCGCCAGACGGGUACGCCGUUCUCUCAAGACUCCAAUUACUCCAGUCGGCAGUCCACGCCUGCGCACCAGUCCAGCCGCCCCGAGAGCUCGGGGGGUUACAAGUCCCGCAGACACGAGAGCAAGUUCCAGGACGCGUACAACCGCCGGCCGGAGAGGCCUCAGUACCGCAGCAACAUGUACCGAGGCACGUCUGAGCAGGUGGCUUUCAAGCAGCACCAGCUCACGCCACCCGAGCCUCCACCUCCUUCCUCCGCUUCCUUCACCUACACGGCGCCGCCCCCCGCUACGCCCAACUUCAAGUCUGCCUUCUCGCCCUACCAAGCCCCUUUGCCGCCAGCGUUCCCCCCAUCGGAACCUGCUUUCCAUCACCCGCCCCAACGGGAAGGCGAGUACCUCCGGCCGCCGCAACCGCCCCUCGCGGCCUCCACUGACUAUUUGCCCGUCAAGGAUAGACCGGAGACUCCUCCGAUCCCGCAGCAGCCGCCCGAGCCCCUGCCCCACCCGACCACCCCGCCUCCCCAAACGCCAGAGCACUGCCCCUCACCUGGCUCCCCGGCACCCGACCCAGAGCGCAAUAGCCUGGACUCCCGCAUCGAGAUGCUCCUCAAGGAAAAAAGGACAAAGCUGCUACCGUUCCUCGAGGAGCGGGACUCGGACACGGAGGUUCGGAUGGAGGGAAGCCCCAUCUCCUCCUCAUCCUCCCAGCUGUCCCCGAUCCCCCCCUACACAGGCGGCUCGCAAGGCGGCCAGCAAAACUCCCGUCCCUCCAGCACGGGCUUGGAGGACAUCAGCCCGACGCCACUGCCCGACUCGGAAGACGAAGAGCCGGUUCCCGGGACGGCCUCCUUGUUCAAGAGAGCCGGCUCCCCUGUCCACGAGAAGACGAGCAACAGCGACCUCAAAGACGGACCUUUCCGAGGCCAGUCUCCCCCUGACAAGACAGACACGGGUCAGCAGUCGUCAGGGGAGGACAUGGAAAUCUCCGACGACGAGAUGCCCGGGACGCCGAUCUCUGGCGGAGAGUGUGGAAAGGGCAUCGUUGUGAACUCGGCGGUGUCCCCGAUGCAGACCAUUCCCAUCCACCCCUCCACUUACCACCCGCUGACACACCAGCCAGGCUUCGCCAUCCCGCACCAUCACCUGCCCCCUCACUCGGCCGUCCCGGGGCAUCCCGCUCACCUGGGAGUCCCCCCCCACAUGCUGCCUCACAUGGGUCCCUACCCUCCCGGCAUGAUGCCGCUGGUGCAAAUGGAGCUCAUGAACUGCCUGCGGUGGGAACAGUGGAGCACGGUCCCCAUGUCAUUCCAGAUGCAGCAGCAGAUGCUGAGUCGAAUCGCUCAGACGAGAGGGCCCUAUCCUUAUCCACAUUUUAUGGACAGUGGUGCAACCGGGCCCUUCGGCGGACCCUACCCGCCUCUGUCCAUGGGCGCUACGCCCGCUAGCAGCGCAGGAGCGCCCGGGCAGCAAUGGCCGCAUCCCAGUAUACCAAAGUUCAACCCUACCGUUCCUCCUCCUGGAUACGAGACUAAAAAGGAGGACCCGCACAAGGCCACUGUUGACGGUGUGCUGCUGGUCAUCGUCAAGGAGCUGAAGGCCAUCAUGAAGAGGGACCUCAACCGCAAGAUGGUGGAGGUGGUGGCUUUUAGGGCCUUCGACGACUGGUGGGACAAGAAGGAACGAUCGGCGAAGGCGUCUUUGACUCCAGUAAAGGGUGCUGAGGGGAAAGAAGAAGAAAGACCCAAACCUAAAGAGACAAUGGGUUCAAGUCUGCUGGAGAACUGGAACAAGGGUGAGGGACUCGGCUACGAAGGAAUGGGCCUGGGAAUCGGCUUGCGAGGAGCCAUCCGCCUGCCAUCCUUCAAGGUGAAGAGGAAGGGCCCGCCCGAGGCUGCGGCGGCAGGUGACAGCAAAAGAGCCCGACCCUCCACUCCAGUGGAUGAUGAGCUAGAGGACGAAGAUCGGGACCGAGACCCGGCUGAGCUCCCCUCGGAUGACUCCAAACUGGACGGCGAAGGCAUGUCGGCAAAGAGGCGGCAGUCGAGGCCGCUCAAGCUCGACAGCGAGGGGGAGGAGGAGGUGGACACGUCGGAGAAGGAGGAGUCGCUGUCGGACAGGGAGGAGGAGCCGGAUGAGACGGCUACAGACCGAUUGUCAUCGGGCAAAGAGAGCGGCGACGAGGACGGUGAUGAUGAAGAUGGAGGAGACUCGUCCAGCGACAGCGCUUCUUCGGAUUCAUCUGAUGACGAAGACGAGAGUUCGGCUUCCUCCAAGGCCAGCUCGGACUCCUCGGCGGAAAGCUCGGACUCUUCGGAAUACGAGGUGAGCUCGGAAGAGGAGGAGGAAGAGGAGGAAGACGUGAAGGCGGUGAAACGCGUGGACGUCGGCAGGGAGGCCGAGACCUCUUCGUCCUCGUCGUCCUCCACGUCUUCGUCUUCCGACGAGGAGGGAGAGACGGAGGCCAAGCCGCCGAGCCCCCCUGCAAGGCCCGCGCCCGAGAUCAAGGAGGAGCAGAGCAGCGCUGAGGAGCUCAUCAGCAAACACAAGCGUAGACCUCCUAGUCCUGAGGAGGAGGUGGAGGAGGACCGGAAGCCACCGUCACCUAAAGGCAUCCCAGUCAAAGAGCGGGGCAUCGGCGUAAACGGCAGCCUCCUUGUGGUGAAGUCUGAACUGCGCGAGCAUGUAGCAAACCUUCGGCCACCCACUCCCACAGGCACCCUUCUUGACAGUGACCAGGAGACUAAAGCCAAAGGUAAAGCAGAGCCUCAAGAAGUACCCUGCGCCCCCGGUCGAUUAGCCCCGUCCCACUUAGACACGAAAGCGCCCGUCCCCAAGUCAGCGUCCUUAAUGCAGCUCCCGCUUCCUCCUCACCCGACAGUAGAAGGUCGUUCCCUCCUCCAGCCGCCCCCCGGGCCCCUGCCCGACCUCCCUCAGCGGGCCAGGCUCCCCACAGAUGAGGAUAUCCCUCGCACGCCAGGCAGGGACUUGAUGGAGCGUGCCCGGAGUCUGGGGAAGUCCCAGAGCACCGACACCAUGCCCAUCACGCCUGGCAGCGACGCCCCGCUGACGGGCAGUAGCCUGUUGCUUAGCUCCCCUCACAUCCCCGGUAGCCCGUUUUCCUACCCCGCGCAGUCCCCCGUCCUUAGCGCUGGAGUACCCCGUACUCCAGGAAGAGACUUAACAUUCACCCCAGUCUUCCCUGACCCCACAGCUCUGACCCUUAAUAGGAAAGUAUCCUCUGAGAGCCUGGAUGACAGGCCAGUUUUUAAGGAGCCGCCAAUCAGCGCCCUUCCUAACCAGACCCUAUCCGCUGCCACAAUGCCUCAAGAUCUACCUACUCCUGUCUCUCUAGAAGUCCCUGUGCCAUCAGAUGCCACCCCGUCAAAGAGGAAACCCGGGCGACCCAAAGGCAGAAAGACCCCAACUGCACUGGCUGAUGAGUCUUCGGAGCUCUCGUCGGAGUCCACCCCCCUGCCUCACGACGAACACCCGGGAGACCUGUCCGUCCAAGCGCUGUUCGGAAAGUCUCCCAAGCACCCGAGCCUCGACUUCCGGGAAGGAACGGCGGAGCCUCAGACGGCACUGAAGGCCGAGGACGGCUACCUGUCGUACGACGACGAGGCGCCCGUGGCCGUGAAGCCGGCGCGGAGGGCGCGGAGGGGCUGGGAGGAGCUGCUGCUGGACAGCCUGUCUCCCGUCACCACGCCUCCCCGGGCUUACUUCAGCCGGCGGUCCGACUUCGAGGAGAUGACCAUCCUGUACGACAUCUGGAACGAGGGCAUAGACGAGGAGGACAUGCGGCUUCUGCAGAUCACCUACGACAAGAUGCUCCAGCAGGACAACGGCAACGACUGGCUCAAUGACACUCUCUGGGUCAACCAUCCUCCUACCAACAUCCCCGGAGUGAAGAAGAAGAGGAGAGACGAUGGGAUGAGGGAUCACAUGACCGGCUGCGCGCGAAGCGAGGGAUACUACAAGAUCGACAAGAAGGACAAGAUCAAAUACCUUCAGAGCACACGGCUGCAGUCGGAGGAGCCUCCUGUCGACACACAGGGUAUGAGUAUUCCUGCGCAGGUCCACGCCUCCACCAGAGCGGGCUCGGAGCGACGGUCGGAGCAGAGACGCCUGCUGUCGUCGUUUGCCUGCGACAGUGACCUGCUGAAGUUUAACCAGCUGAAGUUCCGCAAGAAGAAGAUCAGAUUCUGCAAGUCGCACAUCCACGACUGGGGUCUGUUCGCCCAGGAGCCCAUCGCAGCUGACGAAAUGGUGAUCGAGUACGUGGGGCAGAACAUCAGACAGGUGAUCGCGGACAUGCGGGAGAAGCGCUACGAAGAGGAGGGCAUCGGCAGCAGCUACAUGUUCCGUGUCGACCACGACACCAUCAUAGACGCCACGAAGUGCGGCAACUUUGCCCGUUUCAUCAACCACAGCUGCAACCCUAACUGUUAUGCGAAGGUCAUCACAGUGGAGUCUCAGAAGAAGAUCGUGAUCUACUCCAGACAGCCGAUAAACGUCAACGAGGAGAUCACCUACGACUACAAGUUCCCCAUCGAGGACGAGAAGAUCCCCUGUUUGUGUGGGGCGGAGAACUGCAGGGGAACUCUGAAUUAACGUCGACGUCAGACGCGGGCCGUGAAAAGCGCUGUCCCCCGAAACCUCCCUCAACACAGAAACUCGAUGCUAAAACCUCGGACGGGGAGGGGCCGGAAGGAAGGCUUUUUUUUUCUGGGAGCGAGGAGAAGAGACCGGCAAGUCAUCUGGAUAGCGUUCGGCUGCCUGUAGCAGCGCCCUUGACACAUUUUGACUCUCGAUUGUUUACGACUUAUGGUGCUCUUAAAAUGAAAAAAAAAAACAAACAAAACGAAACGCUUUUUUGUAAACACUUGACUUGCCGCCGUGGCAUUUCCUCCCCUCCUCUCAGCAUCAGACAGUAUUUCAGCACGGUUCCUUCCGCACCCGGUCCUGGUUUGUACAAGUUUUACACUUUUUUUUUUCUUCCCCUCUUUCAUUUGUCUCAUAAGCUUUACCCACACCACACGUGGUACAAAAAGAAAAACCCAACACAGACUCACAUGUUCAGCUGCUUACUAACACUGAAACGCACAAGCCCAAGGCGGGGUCUGACGGUGCUGUUUCCACCCAGCAGCAGGUGGGAGGCCAGCGGACACGCUGCCUUCUCCCUACUACCUCCUCUGUACAGGUUUUCUUUGGAAUCAAACUAAGAGAAAAUAGAAAGAAAAAAAAACACACAAAUCAAGCAAAACAAAUGGUUAAAAAAACCUGACACGAAAUCUGGAAUAUUCAAAAUCUCACCUGCUUUCACCACCAGCCAACAACGGAUCAUGCUGCUUCCUAUUAGUUUAUGCAAAAUUUAAAGAUCAUGUGCAGAAUCUGUAUUAAUGGUAUUCCAGUGUUUUCCAUUUUUCCUCUUUGCCUGUUUCUUCAAAGACACUAUAUUUGUGUAUGUGUGUGUGUGAGAGAGUAUGAGCGUCAGGCCUCCAAUCAAGAGUAUUUAUCGUGUUUUUUUUUUUUUUUUGUAUUGUCAAGUGUGUGAGAAUGCGAGUGCACUGCCCCCUGUAGGCCACAGCGCAGAAGGCCAGCUAAUGAUCAGUCUGAAUCCACUGGGCAGCAGCAACUGAAGUGAAUCUUACGCUUUUUCAGCUUUUUCAGCUUAAUCAUUUCCCGAUUUAAGUGCCAUAUGAACACGUCACUGUCCUUAUUUAGACCCGGUGGCUCCGAGAAACGUUUCCAGAGAUGCGCGCCAACAACAUGCAUGUGUGAAGAAUCGCUGCCUGCUUUUGGGUGCUCGGCGGGGAUGAUUUCACUUUCCUUUUUCGUCUGACUGUCUCAUGUUCGUGUGCUCACACAUUUCUCCUCAGCUGCAACUCCUGCUGUGCUACCAGUGUUCAGUGUUUCAUGCGUGACAGAAGAGGUGAGGGCGGUCCUUUUCCUUUUAAACUCAUUAAGCUGAAGAAAAAAAAAAAUCAACGAUAUUAAUGCACUCAAGGCUUGCACUUCUGCUCGACGCCCUCUCUCAGCCAAUCAUGCCCCCCCCCCUCUAAGACCAAGUCAGUCAUUGCUUUUCAUCCAGUCGUUUUCGUUUCCACCAGUGAUGUUCAUAUUGUAUAUGAUUACUUGUACAGAAAAUCUAAAGCUUUUUUUUUUUUUUUUAAUCGUCACAAGGGUAACACUUUUAAGAUGCAUCUUUCUCUCUUUUUUUAACAAAAGACUGAGUAUUUAAAACAUUUUCAGGGAUCUGUAAAAGGAAUCUGAUGGUUUGAAAGGUUUGUUUAUUUAAAGGAAAAAGGUCCACUGUGUACAGGAAAAAAAAGUCUCCACUUCCCCUUUUUUGAAAGAUUGUUUCUUGUAGAAACGUCUUCAUUUCUGCCCAUUUGCUUUGUAAUCCUAUAAAAAGGUGUAAAUACUGUAACUGUGAAUACGAUAUAAAGAUAUAUAUAUAUAUAAAUAUAUAUAUAUUUUUGUUCCUUGGGAUAUGCUACGUGAGCACAGCUCAGGCCCAUCACACCGACGUGAGCGAUGAGCUGGUAGCAGGAAAUUCAGCUUGUGUCAAGCUUUGUUUUUUCUUUUUUAUUUUCUGUUGUAAAUUCUAUGAAAAGUUGUUUGCGGUGUGGAGAAAAAAAAAUACAAAAAAAAACAAAACGCGCAGAAUCGGCAUAAGAAGAGGACUGAAGCUUCAGCCUUGUUUCUCGUGUCUAUUUAUUAUACGACAAAUGUAUGAAAAAUGAAAAAAUUAAAAUAAAGCAAUUUUGCAUACAUCUGUAAA